CACGCAUGGCGGAGGUAAAGGGGGGGGUGAGCAGACAGGCCAUGGGGACAUUUGGAUUAGCAGCCCCAGCAGGCCUUGCACACCCCAGUCUGAACCUGGUAUUGUACACUAGUGAUGGCCGAAUUUGUCCCGUUUCCCUUCACCAAAAAGAAAUCGGUACAAAAUUUGCAAAAUCGAAAUAUUUCCUCUUGGGGAAUGUUAUACUGGUCACACAACUGUGGCACUGAGAGUAAGGGUGUCCAUUUAGUAAAGGAAUAUACUGUAGUCAGGUUGUUUUGUUUUCACCACUGGAAGGUCCCACCAGAAAUCACUGGAGGAAAGUCUGGGUUAGACAAAAAAACAGCUGGUUUAGAUGGAGAAACAAACUUAUAAGGCCAAAUCUUGAGAGAAUUUGACAGAAAUCCCUUGAGGAAAGUCUUGGUUAGACAAUCCCUGAGAGAAUGUGACAAUAUUGGGUGUGCCCUUAUUUAUAGAGGGAAGUGUUUAGAACAUAAGGGGGGGAUGAAGCCCAUUUAGGGAUGAAAUGGGGUUAUGCAAGGCCCCCUUCCCCGUAAGGUGCAGCCCUUUUAGCCUCCCCCACCCCAUUCCCAGCUAGCCCCCAGGUAAGAACAAUGGAAAGGGGGGAAAAGUGGGCGGGUUGGGGGUGGAAACAGAGGAGGAGCGUUGAGCAGGGCAGGGGUUUUAAGAGGAUGUGGUUUGUGAAGAGUUCAUACGUAUUUGUUUUUUGUUUCCCACCCUCCCUCUCUAGGUAAGACGGAUCCAGUCGAGAAAAAGGUGCUCCAGGGUUGUUACAACCGAUGGCCUGGAUGGGGUCAGGAAGGAAUUUUUCUCAUAGCACUAAAUUGGCUGAAAAGUGAACAGCAGGCAGACUUUCAUGUGGGGCCACACAAGCGGGGGGUUUCAGGCCGGAUGCUUCCUCUAUAGUUACGCCCAGUGGCCUAACUACCGGGGGAGCAGGGGGUGCGAUUGUACCAGGACCCGCACCCCCGCAGGGCCCCCCGGCAGAUCGCGCCCUGCUGCAGCCGGCUGUAGUCGGCUGGAGCCGAAGAGAAAAUCGGCAGAUGUAGUUGUUUACCAGUUGCUUUCGAGUUGUUUCAAGGCUAGCAGAGGAAGAAGAAGGAGCUCGCUCCCGAUUUCUUUUUCUGUAUAGUGUGAAAUUGAUUCAAAUUUUUUUCCCUUUUUUUUUUUUUAAACUUUUUAACUCCUUUUUCUAAUGAUGUUUGAAAAACUCAAAACUGUUUUUAGACCCAUUUUUGCAGAUUUAAUAUAUAUCCUGUCUCUGUCGGCUUCUUUUUAGGAAACCAACGCAUUAAAAUAGGAUAUGUUAUAGUAGGAAUUCUGAUAUGGAAGCGUUACAGGAUCUGGAAGAAAAACCGCCGUCCCACUGAAAAGACAGAGGAUGAACCGAAAGAACAAAAAAAGUCUCCAAAAACAGUUCCACGUGAAGACUUUGAGAAAAUCGAGUCCCUGAAUGUGGUAAGUUUUACAACUUUUUUCAAUGGCAGAUUGUUGAGGACAUAUGGCAUCUUCUUUCCAAAUACGUGGAAAAGAUGAUUCGAGAGAGGAUUCAGCCUGACAUACGCGCCAAAAGCAAUUAUCUUGCCUCGUUCCGUUUCAUCAAUAUCGAUUUUGGCACGAAGGUAAUGAUCUCUUUCUGUACUUGGGUUAUUCCUCUUCUUGUAAAUAGAUUUCUUGUAACACCCCAAUCUUUAUGCUCAGCCCCCACAGGUAAAGUCUUGGAAAACUCAUGCGGAUCCAGAAAAAAAGCAAAUAAUGUUGGAUCUCGAUAUCAGUUAUAAUGCCGACAUAAAGGUGGAUGCUGGUUUUACGGAAAAAACCCCCAUAGCCGGCAUCAAAUCUAUAAAGCUGGAGGGAAUCUUGCGGGUAAUUUUGGCACCGCUGAUAGAGGACUCACCCAUAUUUGGAGCACUGACCGUUUAUUUCCCUCACCGUCCGGUAUUGGAACUACAAUGGACCGGAUUUGCCCACCUACUGAAUAUUCCUGGACUUCAAACGCUGUCGGAAAAAGAGCUUAUGAACCAAAUCGGACAGAUCAUCAUUGCGCCGCAGCAUUUCAGCCAUCCCCUUGCAGCCAGAUUUGAUUUGGCUAAGCUGCAGUUUUUAGAACCCUGGGUAAGGCCUAGUUUGUAUUUUAUAGCCUUCCUGCUUCCCUGUAGAGAGUCAAAGGGGCAAAUUCACUAAGAUUCGUUGUUGCGCCAGUGUCCACUUCGCCGCACUUUGCCAGGCGUAUUUUUGCCAGCGCUACGCAAAUUCACUAAAAUCCGAAGUUGC